GCAUUUAUUAUGAAGCUAAGAUAUACCCCAGUAAAUACCCUCAAAAUUAUUGUGUGCUAUAUCUUCUCCCAAUUUCCUCUUUCUAUUUAAGCUCCUCAUCUUUCUUCCUUAUCUCUUCAACCCUCAUACAUACAUACUAAAAAAAAUCCACAAUCUUAAAUAAGCACCUUGUUCUCUUAUCAUACAUUUUAUACUCGUACUUCUUUAUCACUUUCAACUCCUCUAUAACUUAAAUCGUAUUUUUUUUUCUAGGUGAUCAAUCAUUAUCCCACAUAUAUAAGAUUCCUGAUCUAGAAUUUGGACUCGAAAUUUGUUUUUGUGUUUUCUAAACUUUUUCAUCAACGGGGUAUCAAAUUUUUUUUUGGUGGGAGGAAGGAAUAUGAGUAACCCGACUAAGCCAAGACUUCAAGCCGUGUUCCAUUUGGUUUCUUACUUGGGUGAUGUAUUCCAAAGUCUUUUAUAACCCAAAUUCAUUUGUUUUUUGAAUCCAAUUUAAGGUAUUUGAUUUCUUUUUCUUUUUUGUUACUUGACACACGUACGAUUUUGUGAUUUGUUACGAAAAAAUAAAAAUGGAGGGAUUGCAAGAUAAGAGAAAGAAGGGAAAUGUGCUAAAAAAGACAUGGGAAAGAUGCAAGUCUAUAGGUCAUGGUCAAGUACUAGUAAGGGUACCUUCAACAAGUCUUCUGUCGAUAUCAUCGUCACCCGAUCGUAGUCGUCCUAUGGUGAAGAGCAAAUCAUGUUCAACACUUUGCCUUUCGAGCCCUCUUAGCCCAAGACUCGACAAAUUAUCUGGGUCGAAUAAUAGGAACCCUCGGGUGAGCCCUUUAUCACCCAAGGGUUGCUUAUCUGUCUACGUGGGGCCCGAUAAGCAAAGGUUUGUUAUCAAAAUUAGUUGCACAAACCACCCCCUCUUUAAGGUGUUGCUUGAACAGGCUGAAUCUGAGUAUGGGUUUCAUGAUGGCCCUAUAAUGCUUCCUUGUGAAGUUGACUUGUUUGUCAAAGUCUUAUAUGAGAUGGAAGCAAAUGAUCUUGAGGAUAACACCAAUAGCACACGGUGUAAGUUUCCAAGGAGUCGCAGCUCGUACCACCUUCUCACCACGUCUAGUAGACUAAUCGCUUAAAUCAAUGAUCACUAUUCAAUGUGUUCUUUGUCCGAGACUAAUUGUCACGUUGAUGGUGUUAUUUGAUCUAGUGACGUGAAAACUAGCUAAUAAAGUUUCGACAAAGAGGUAGUAACUUCUUUUUUUUUUGCCUUGGUGUUGAUUUGGUGCCAUAAGUUUUAAUUUUGGGUGACGACGUAUCUAGUGUUAGAUAUCAUUGUUGAGCAACCUUCAAUGUACUAAGAACAAGGUCAUUAGAAAAUGUGCAAUUUAUUAGCUAUGUAAUCAAUCGUGGGAUGGAAGUGUAAAGUAUUGGUAUUGCGCAAUUAAGCUAUAUAGUUAUAUACUUGGAUUUAUACAUUUGCAUAAUAUAUAUAUUUUUCGGAUUGUUUAUAUUGAACAUUAUUA